AUGGGAUAAUGUCUUAAUUGUUUUAAAAAGAAUGAGGAAUGCUAAUAAGAUGUUGUAUCUUAAUAAGCAAACACUAAUUCCAAGCCACUUAAUGAAUAUUAAACAGAAACUAUUACUUUUAAUAAGCAAAGUAUAGUUAUAACGAAUGAUUCUCAGAAAAUCAAUGUGACUAACUUUAAGCUGUUAAAGACAAUAGGCAGGGGAAAUUUUGGAAAAGUGUUGUUGGUUCGUAAACGUAACUCUGGGAAGAUUUAUGCGAUGAAAAUUGUGAACAAAUAAGAUUUAUAGGUUAAGAAAUAAGUUGAAUAUGCAAGAACAGAAAGGAUCAUAUUAGAGAAGAUCAAUCAUCCAUUUAUAAGUAAACUCCAUUAUGCAUUUUAAACUCAAUAAAAGCUUUAUUAUGUUAUUGAUUACUGUGCAGGUGGAGAAUUGUUUUUCCAUUUGAGAAGAGCGUAUAAAUUUAAAGAGAAUUAAGUUUAAUUUUAUGCUGUCGAAAUUAUUAUUGCCUUAGAAUAUCUGCACGAUUCUAAGAUCUUGUAUAGAGAUCUAAAACCAGAAAACAUCCUGCUUUGUUCCGAUGGCCAUAUCAAAUUAAUUGAUUUUGGAUUAUCUAAAAUUAUAAGCAAUCGAGAUAAGCCGUCUUUUUCGAUUGUAGGAACUCCAGAAUAUCUUGCCCCUGAAAUAUACUCGGAUGAUAAACUAGGUCAUGACGAAUCCUGCGAUUGGUGGAGUUUAGGAGCCUUAUUGUAUGAAAUGUUAACAGGAGCGGCUCCCUUUUAUAGUCAGGAUCGUACGAUGAUGUUCAGAAAUAGAACUGAAAAACAAAUAGAAAUGAAACCUUGGUUUUCUGAAGCUUGUUCAAGCUUGCUUACCGGAUUAUUAAAUAAUAAUCCUAAAUAAAGAAUAAAUAUAUAAUAAAUUAAAAAACAUCCAUUCUUUUCAGACAUAGAUUGGAAUCAAGCCUCAAAUCGAUAAUUGAUACCUCCAAUUAUUCCAGAAUUAAGUGAUGAAUUAGAUUUAAGAUAUUUUAAUAAAAUGUUUUUAGAUGAACCUGCCAUAGAUAGUCCAGUAAAUAAAAAGGAUCAAUAUGACAAUUACGAUUAUUUUACAUACGAUUCAGAAUAAAUAACAGAAUCUUGA